AUGGGCUUAAGGGUGCAUAUUUUCAUAUUCGUUUUUGGACUUGCCGCCAUUUUGUUUUUGAAUGCCGUCGAUUCCACCGAUUUUUCUUCCGAGAAUUUCGGAGCAGACCCCGGAUGUAAAGACCCAUGGACAACGGAGUGGACCAGAGACAACCAAGACUGCAGUAAAGUUCAUUUCUGUGUACAAGGCAAGAAAUAUUGGACUAUAAACUGCAACGACAGUCGAGUAUGGUCCAACAUCGGCCAUGCCUGCGUGGAGCCAAUGUCCCAGUGGGACGACUGUAAUCAAGUGAUGACUACGCCCGCCAUCAACGACGAGCGGUGUGUCCUCCCCAGUGGAAUGAACCCCGACCCUGACAACUGUGCCCAGUUCCUGGCCUGCACCAACCGGACAGUGGUGGCCACGAUGCAGUGUCCAGAGAACACGCUCUUCUCCACCAAGAACCACACGUGCGAGCUCAGCUUUCUGGUGGCAGCUGAAUGUCGGACCCGACUUAUCCCAGAUCACGUGGUUGUCACUACUGCUAGUCCCAUCAUCGACACCCCUUGCGAGGGUACAACUAAUGGAGACGUCUUUGACCCCACCCACUGCGCCCGCUUCUUCAAGUGUAACUACGGCCGCGUCGUCGCCAGAAUCAAGUGCCCCGCCAACAGCGCCUUCUCCUCCAGCAAGCGGAAGUGCGACUGGAGAGCGAAUGUAGACUGUGAGGAUCGUCCACUGUCUUGA